GAGAGGGGAAGAGGAGCAUCCUGCCGAGGAUCCCGAGCUCCGGCCCGCCUGGAACAAUGGCUGCGCUGCCGCGGCUGCUCUGCUCGGCCGCGCUCGCCCUGCUGCUCUGGGCUGGAUUUUGUUCCUCAGUGUGUGUGGAGGUCCCAUCUGAGACAGAGGCUGUCCAAGGGACGGACAUGAAGCUGCUCUGCAUCUCCUGCAUGAAGAGGGAAGAGGUGACGGCCAGCACGGUGGUGGAGUGGUUCUACAAGCCCGAGGGGGGAAAGGAUGAGCCUAUCUACGAGUACAGGAAAUCAAACCACGAGUUUCCAAGCCGCUUCAGCGGGCGGAUACAGUGGAACGGGAGCAAAGACAUGCAGGACGUGUCCAUCACCGUGCAGAACGUGACCCUGAACGACUCGGGCAUCUACACCUGCAACAUCACCCGCGAGUUCGAGUUCGAGAUCCACCGGCCGCUCUUCCAGAGCUCCAGGAAGAUCCACCUCACCGUGGUGGAGGAGGCUGGAGAAGACUUCACCUCUGUCAUCUCAGAAAUUAUGAUGUAUAUUCUGCUGGUCUUCCUCACGCUGUGGCUGCUGAUUGAAAUGGUCUAUUGCUACAGGAAGGUGUCCAAGGCAGAGGAGGCUGCCCAGGAAAACGCGACAGAUUAUCUCGCGAUUCCAUCGGAAAACAAGGAGAACUGUGCUGUGCCUGUGGAGGAGUAGCAGAGGGGGGGCAGUGGAGUGAACGGCACCAAGGGGCUCUGAAGACAGAAGGACCAUGCCACGCCAGCCAGGUUUGAGGGGGAGCUCUGCGCCGUCGGGAGGAACACGGGGAAGUGUAAAUUCUCUUCCAUUUGCCUUGGACUCUGUACAGCCUUGACUUUGGUCCUGUGACCCCAUCUGAGCUGCCAGCCCGGUGCUGAAGGACUCUUCUGUGGAAGCAUGCUGAGCAAACAGCACAGGGGUGUGGGCAGCACGGCUCCUUCCCGAGUUUCACUUCCAUCAUCACCUCAAUGGCUUUGUAAAUGUUACCUGUCACUUCUUAGCUGCUCUCACCACCACCUAUAUUUGCUAAAUAUGCUCCUUCUCCACUGCAGAGGUUAGGGGGAUGUAUGGCAUGUUGCUCUGAGCUGCAGGACUGUGAACAAGGCUCUCUUAGGGGGUUAUUCCACCACAUUCUGUGGCCCAAGCAGUUUUCUUGGUGUUAAAACAGGAAGAAUUUAAUUAAUUAAUGAAGUCACUCUGAAUCUUAGGCUAUCUAUGCACAAGGAGAGUAGGGUAAUGCACUAAAAUUGGAAAUGUACAGUAGGAAGGACAGGUCUCUGUGCCAUGUUCACACUUUCUUCCGGAGGGAAUUGAGAAUACAGACCCUGAAAUAUUCCUGCUUUGGGAAGCAGGAUGAUGCAAGUACAAGAAUCCCAUGUCCCUCUCGGUGUCAGAGCCCCCAUCCCCUUCCACCUUGCUCCUGGAGGACACAGUGGGAGGAGGAACCUGCAGAGCCACCUUUUCCUGGGAAACCCAGCAAGGAAGGCAGCCUCAUCGGGCAGGGGAAAUAAACAGGAUGCAAAGGCCUCACAGGAUGGCAGCUUAGUAAAAUGGUUGCAGUUUUACAGCUGUGAUGGUUCUCUGGUGCUGUAGCAGCACCAUCUAGAGGGAUAGACAGAAAACACUCACUUUUCCCACUUAAUCCUAAUUCUCUCUUGAGGUAAUUAAUCACCAGUCUAAAUAGUCUGGAUUCAUCCUAAAUGAUCCUCUGUUGCCCAGGAAUCACCCUGGAAAUCCCAUCUUUCCUUUCCAACUUACUUUUUCUGAGGGUUAAGCAGAGUAAAAAUUGAUUCCUACCCUUCAAGGAGACCAGCUGAGCUCAGCAGCUGGGAUUAGAAGAGGGGGAAAAAGGCAGAAACAUUGGCCAGGGUGGAAUUGUGCUGCAAAACCAGCUGGGGAGGGUUUGUGUUUGUUGUGUGGCAGAGCUGUGACAUCCCUGCUGCAAUGGAGCUUGUGCUGAUUUGCCAGAGCUGACAAAUUCUGCUCCACUGACCGCUUGUACGCAAUCCCAAAGUGCUCGUGACUCCAGGCAUGCUCCCCACCCACGGAAUCCCCUCUGCUUCCUUCUGCUGCUUUUUGCUUGUUCGCUAAAAUCACGGAAAUUACCCCAUUUGGAAGUGGGGCCCAGGCCAGAUUUCCAACUGGCACUUGCUCAAAACCCUUUUUUCAGAGUGGGUGUCAACUUUAGUAAACUACUCCAGUGCAGUGUUGGUAGUAGGACUGCUCCCAAAUCCAGAGCCAAGCCUGGCAAGGGGAGCACAUUUUCCAGAUGAAGCACACUCAAUAGUCUGGGCACCAGUUCCCAAAAACCUGAUAUCCAAAAGAAUAUCCAAGCAGCUCCUCUUUGAAUUCAGCUGGAUAUCAUCUUUUUCCCGGUUUGCCUGGCAGAAUCCUGAACUCGACAGAGGGACUGGGUUGUAACUCUGGAGUUUCCAGCACUGCCCACAGCAUUGAGCCCAGGGGGAAUUUUAGGACACCUCUCUCCCACUUCAGCUCAUUCCCUGGGAACCAUGGAUAACGCUCUGAUGUUAAAUCAAAAAGGGAGUGAACCCGAGAACUUCUUGAGAGCUACCUCAGGUGGUAAAGGAGGGCUGUCCCCUUGUCCUGCACCUCCCUCUAUCCCACAGGCAUCUUCUGCAGACCCUCAUUUUUUUUUUGACAAAUCUGCUUUCCCAGUUCCUGCAGACAGAGGUGACCAUUGCCACGUGGUGCUCCUAGCAGGAGGAAACGGGGUGCAAAGUUCUGCUCAAGAAUCUCACAGGGGAAAAAAAAGAAUAAUAAUUUAAAAAUUGGUGAUUUUUUCAAGACCUGGAAGAGAUGGUCCUGGCAAAGACUCUGUGUGUGUGUGUGUGAUUGGAAUGAGAGAGGAGACUCCGGAACAGGCAGGAUAAUAAAAAGAACAAAGAGCCAC